GUCCUCAAAUAACUGAUGCAGGUGAUAUUUGCUCCGACUUUGCUCCGACACAGAUGGUAUGAAAUACCGUGAAAAUGGGUGUAAAAAUCCGGACAUUUCGGCGUUCCGACGCCAAAAUGGUUCGCAAAGUCUUAGUAGAUGGGCUCUUCUCGAAUGUAGAUCCCGCCUUUUACGUGGGAGUGCGUCGUCCUUCGGUGAUCGCCACCGGGUUGGUUCUGACGGCUCUGAUGUACCAGUGGACGUUGUCUCUGAUGUACACCAUCACGUUUUUCGUGGCUCUGUUGUGCCUGUACUAUCUAACUCUCCUCAUAGCAGCUCACCUGAUGACCAAGGGACCGCUGUUUGACGACAUCGAAAACGUGCAGAGGAACUACAUGAAACCCCGGCGGAAUUUCUGGGUGGCGGAGGCGGAUGGACAGGUGGUUGGCACGAUCGCCAUCACCCUCAGGUCUCUCAACAAGCCAGCCAAUGAGUGCGCCGAUGACGUUGCCUGGUUACGGCGGAUGGCGGUGAGUGAGAAAUACCGGCGACAGGGCAUCGCCAAGCGGUUGGUGGAGACCGCCAUUGACUUCUGCAAGAGGAACAAGUACCGCAGGAUAGAGCUGAUCACCACGGAGGUCCAGCUUCCCGCCAAAGCGCUGUAUGAGAAAAUGGGGUUCCGAUGCGUGAACACGUGGGCCAGGCGAGAGUGCGGCUUUGUGCUCUGGACAUUCACGCUCGUGUAUGACAUACAACAGGACAGCACCUACUACUGAUGAUUGGGCGGUACCAAACUGUUCAAAGCUUUCCAAACUGACCGUCGGAAACAAUCACGGGUUUAAAUACAUGCGGCGCUCCCAUACUGGGAGAAGACUUUUUCCACACCGAACACAACAUAAACACUGUAAAAUGCAAAAAGUUUGCCUAAUUCUGGGUAAAGUGUAAAAAUGUAUAUUUAUUUACCGAAUAUUUCUUUAUUCUAGUUCUUACUCAGAACAUUUAUUUGCUUCUGUGUAUUCAGUAGUCUUUUACUCCGUUGACAAGAAGUAUCGUAAUGUAUUGUGUUAAAAAGAUGCUAGUACAUGUAUAUUGUCAUUGUAUCAGUACUUGGUAUGUAUAUUUGCAACGCAGUUUAGUGUUUCUUGGGUGCAAUAGAAAUC